UUCGGCACAAAUGGCUCCCAACAAGCCAAUUAUUCUGACAUGUGACCAAAUCAAACGACGUUUCAGAGGAAGGGAGCUUGGGAACCAAGAUUGUCAACGUGGUCACGAGUAGACAGACAGACAGACGUGUUAACUUUUUCCCGAACGGAAGCGAACAUCAUUGUUACAUGAUGGUUCAAGCAUGGUUUAUGGAUUCCUCUGAUGAGGACCAGAGACUUCCACAUCAACUGGAUCCUCCACAGCCUGUCUCACUCGAGGAUCUAAAGAACUGUGGAGUAUUGUACUGGAAGCUGGAUGCUGAUAAUUUUGAGAAGGAAGGAAAACUGGCAGAGAUUCGUGAAGAGAGAGGCUAUUCGUACAGUGACUGCAUUACAUGCACUCCAGAGAGGCUACCUAACUAUGAGCAAAAGAUCAAGUCAUUUUUUGAAGAGCAUCUUCAUACUGAUGAGGAAAUAAGGUUUAUUAUGGAUGGCAGUGGCUACUUUGACAUAAGGAAUUAUGAUGACAAGUGGAUUCGCAUCUUUGUUGAAAAAGGUGAUCUGAUCAUUCUUCCUGCUGGAAUUUAUCAUCGUUUCACUUUGGAUGACAAGAACUACAUCAAAGCCAUGCGGCUGUUUAUUGGUGAGCCAGUUUGGACACCUCAUAACAGGCCAGCAGAUGAUCUCCCAGCACGCUCUGAGUACCUGAAGAACAUGCAGGCUGGAAUAUUUUCAAAAGCCUAAAAAAACAAACCUGUCAGCUUUUCAAGGGAAUUUGAAUUAGAAAAUGGAGCUGGUAUUAAUGGAGGGACUUCUAGACCUUAGGAUCAUAACUGUGGAAAACACUUCAUUUAUUUAAGGGAAGAGAUCAUUUGCUAUAGAAGUUCGCAAUGAACACAUGUUGGAAACACCUUUCACUUGUUUGUGAUUCUUUGUGUUUUCCUAUGAAGUUUAAGGUUGGUUAUGCUGUGGCCUGUUGGUUAGUUUGUUCAGGUCAUUAUUUUGUGUUAUGGGAAAAAUUAUUUUACUCUCUUGAUGCCCUUGUGAAACUGUCUUGAGGCCAGUUGUUCAACAUACAUUUAUUUUAAUGUGGUUUUAAAAAAAAUGGUAAUUGUGAUUUGAGAAACUCUCGUCAGGGUUCAAGGUGUAUAAAUUAUUCUGAUUGGGUUGCUUAAAACAGAGUACAAAAAAAUUAGGAAUUUUCUGCAUACGAAACCUCCUUGAUGCCAUAGAGGUGUCUAAGGUCAUCCUAUACCAAGGCAGUUGCAAAUAAAUAGUGUCUCUGAUUCCUUGUUCUCCUUCUGCGCAGGGGUUCUAUACCUAGGAAAAAUUAAAGGCUAUGUGGAAGGAAAAACGCGUCUUUAAUUUUUUUGUAUUUUCCUGGAUUC